GAUCAGACUGAGUAACAACGUCCUCUGAGUCCAGCUGCUCCGUCCACUCGUCCACACACUGAAGUUUCUUCUCUCACAGACAAAAUGGCCUCCAGGUUAGAGGAGGAUCUCUGCUGUCCCGUCUGUCAGGAGGUCUUCAGAGAUCCUGUCCUUCUGUCCUGUAGCCACAGCUUCUGUAAAGACUGUGUGAAGACAUGGUGGAGAGACAGACCAACAACAGACUGUCCUGUUUGUAAGAGAAGGGCUUCAAUGGACCCACCAUGUAACCUGGUUUUAAAGAACAUGUGUGAGACCUUCUUACAGGAGCGAGGUCAGAGGUCUUCAGAGGUUCUCUGCAGUCAGCACUCUGAGAAACUCAGACUCUUCUGUCUGGACCAUCAGCAGCCAGUGUGUCUCGUCUGCAGAGAUUCAGAAAAACACAUCGGCCACAAGUUCAGACCCAUCGAUGAAGCUGCACAACAACACAAGAAGCAACUUCAGGAGACUCUGGAGACCUUCAAGAAGAACUUAGAGAGUCUGGAAGAAGUUCAGGUGAAGUUUGACCAAACAGCAGAACACAUUAAAGUCCAGGCCCGACGCACAGAGACACGGAUGAAGGAGCAGUUUAAGAAGCUUCAUCAGUUUCUACAAGAGGAAGAGGAGACCAGGAUGGCUGCACUGAAGGAGGAAGAGCAGCAGAAGAGUCACAUAUUGAAGGAGAAGAUGGAGGCUCUGAGCAGAGAGAUAGAAGCUCUAUCAGAUACAGUCCGAGCCACAGAGGACCAGCUGAGAGCUGAAGACGUCUCCUUCCUCCUCAACUACAGAGAGCAGCAGCGCCCCCUGCUGGGGCCUCCACAGCUGCACUCAGGAGCUCUGAUAGACGAGGCCAAACACCUGGGCAACCUGGCCUUCAACAUCUGGAACAAGAUGAAGGACGUGGUCUCCUACAGUCCUGUGGUUCUGGACCCAAACACUGCUCAUCCAAAACUCAUCGUGUCUGAAGAUCUGACCAGUGUGAGACUAGGAGACGAACAGAAGGUUCCUGAUAAUCCAGAGAGGUUUGAUCUUUACUGCAGUGUCCUGAGCUCUGAGGGUUUUAACUCAGGAACUCACAGCUGGGACGUCCAGGUUGGAGACAAUAAACGGUGGGUGGUGGGAGUUUCAGAGUCUGUCCAGAGGAAAGGAAAAGACGUAGAGUCUGGAUUAUGGAGGAUAGGUUUAUAUCAAGAUAAAUACUACACAUGGUCAGCAGGUAAAUUGUCUGUUCUCCAGCUGAAGAAGAAGAUCCAGAAGAUCAGAGUGACUCUGGACUGGGACAGAGGACGACUGUCCUUCACUGAUCCUGAUACUAAUACACUCAUACACACACACACACACACUUUCACACACACCAUGUUUCCAUACAUUUUCAAUUCUAAUGUUGUCCCAGUGAAGAUGUUACCAGUGAAGGUUUGUGUGACAGAGGAACAGAGCACUUAGAGACAAACAGCAGCUUUUUAUUUACUCUUAGUUAGUUUGUUAGUUAAAGGGACAGUGCAGAGAAGUGAGGCGGUUGAAGGUCACCUGGUUUUCAUUGUUCUCUUUGACUUCCUGAUUCUUCUGUUUGUUUAUUUUCCACUCGUAUAAAACUGAUGUCAUUGAUAUUUUCUUCAUAUUUGGUCUUUGUGACUUUGUCACAGUCCAGUGGUGGACGUCUUAGGGGACGACAGUGAGGUCACAGUCCAGUGGUGGACGUCUUAGAGGACGACAGUGAGGUCACAGUCCAGUGGUGGACGUCUUAGAGGACGACAGUGAGGUCACAGUCCAGUGGUGGACGUCUUAGGGGACGACAGUGAGGUCACAGUCCAGUGGUGGACGUCUUAGAGGACGACAGUGAGGUCACAGUCCAGUGGUGGACGUCUUAGAGGACGACAGUGAGGUCACAGUCCAGUGGACUAAUACGUCAUUGAUGUUACUUGUAUAUGGUUGUUUUUAAGGUCUACUCUUGUUUCAUGUUGUUUUUUUGUUUUAAAUAAAGAAAUCACUUGACAGAACGAAAGACCUGAUUAAUUCCCCCAGAAUCU